AUGGUUCUGGUUUUCAUCUUGAUUCUCUUCGGGUUUCUUCUUGGGGUGGUUGCUGUUGUUGCUGCCGAAGCAUUCGGAUUCAUGUGGAUCCUGAAACGACUGCGUAGCAGGAGCAAUAGAGACCAAGCAAAAAUCUCAUCCAAAACCCAACUGGGUAGUUCUGCUCAAUUUGAUUCUCACCAUUCACUCAAAAAGGAGGGUGUGGUUUGGGUUCUAGAGCCUGACAAGGUUUCAAAAUUGUGGCUGGAGAAAUCAUCAAGGGAGCAUAAAAGGAAAAAGGAGCUCUUUGAGGUUUCACCUGUUAGGAAGUAUGGGAAAAUCAUGGGCCAGACACUUGUUCUCACUGAGCCUGAUGGCUUGCACACAACCAUUCAGCUCAAGGGUUGCCAAGUUGAAGCUGUUUCAGCCACAAGCCUUUCUUCAAAAAAAUGGGCAAAAAAGUUCCCCAUUAAAUUAGAAACCAAGACCUCUGUGAUCUACCAUGGAAGCAAAGCUCUUUACAUGUAUCUUGAGACUUCAUGUGAGAAAGAAGCAUGGUGUAAGGCCCUUCGUCUGGCGUCAUGUGAUCAAAAUGAAAAACUCGAAUGGUUUUCCCAGUUGCAAGAAGAGUUUUAUAGUUAUCUUACAUCAUUAAAUACUGAAUAUCAUACUCUUAUGAAACCAUCAGUAGGAUCUAGUGUUGAGGCAAUAGAAAGGGCUAGUAAGCCUGAUGGCUCUUCCUCAAAGGUUCGUCAAUUUCUGAAAAAACUUUCAAAAAGAUCUUCCAGAGUUGGUGUGGAUAACAAAUCAGCUUGGACUUCGUUGUCAGGACGUGAAGAAAGAAGGAAAACUGAGAAGCUUCGUGCUUGUCAAGAUGCAGUUCUUGCCUCUGGCUUGAUGAAAACUGCUUCAACAACAAAUCAUCUGAAAAUCUCCAUGUUAGACAAUACUCCAUCACUAUCUUCAACCAUAUCUCAUUCAAGAAGCCAGAGUCAUAUCUCAGUCAGUUCUGAAACGGAUGCUGAAGAAAAGUUGGGUAUUGAUGAGGGAACAUUAUGUUGGAAUUUGUUGAUUUCCCGGCUCUUUUUUGAUGUCAAAGGCAAUGCACAUGUGAAGAGAUCCGUGCAAGAAAGGAUUCAGAGGACAUUGUCCAAUAUGAGAACUCCCAGUUAUGUUGGUGCAGUCAUCUGCACAGACAUCAACAUGGGGAAUGUUCCACCCUGUAUCAUUGGAAUGAGGGUUCUUCCAAUGGAAAUGAAUGAGGUAUGUGCCUUAGAGGUUGACAUUGAAUAUUCUGGAAGUGCAUUAUUAGAGAUUGAAACUAGGCUUGAAGUUCGUGAACUAGAGCUCCAUAGGGGGACAGAGGGCUCAAAUCCAGAGUCAAGCAAUGUUGGGGCUGUCCCAUCAGAUCUUCUUGAAGGUUUAGAGUACUUUGACAAGCAAUUGAAUCUGGCAGAAGGGAUCAAUGAUUUACGAGAUUCAAAAGAAGAUGGGAACCUGAACACAGAUAUGUCUAAGAGCAUUAAGAGCAGUACAUCUUCCUCAACUCAUGGAUCAAGAUGGAAGUCUAUGUUACAUUCUGUUGCCAAGCAGGUUUCACAGUCUGAUGGAAGUAAUUGA